AUGACAGUGGUGUGUUUCCGUGGCGACUACCCCUACCUCCACGACCGGAUUCAAGUCACCGCUUACCAAGAGGAACCGACCACGCAUGCUACAAGCAGCUUUCUGGGCUUCACCUCCUUCUCCAUCAGAGAUCUGCUGGGGUCCAAAGAGCGUCACGUCGGCCCGAGUCUCCGGACGAUGGACGAGGCCGGCGAGGUGAAGGUGUCCCGUCUGCAGGUGGAGGGAGAAACUCCACCCGAUUCCCAGCGUCCGGCCCUGUGUGACCGUCUCCACGGCUCCUUUCACGACAGAGAAAACAGUCCCAUGAUGAGGGCCGUGUUGUGCGUCCCGGUGUGUAAGGUGUACCGGUUCCAGACGGAGGAUCAAAGAUGGCUGCUGGUCCGGGAGCAGAUGUCGGAGACGCCGCUCUCCUUCUCUUUGCCCAAACAGCUGCUGAGCGCGCUGAUACGCAGCCACGCCAGCAGGGUCCAGGAAGUGAAGGAGCUCGGUGACCUUUCACCCCGCUGGGACGGGCUCCGCCGUGAUGUCAUCCGCCACUGCGACCGCCUGAUUGGCAGUUACCAGGAAACGCUCGCCGAGCUCGAAAAACUCUCAGCCUCGUCCUGUUUUAAGUCGAGCAGCAGUAAAUCCGACAAACACCUUCAGUUCGUUCCCACAAACCUUCACUCCCAGAGGAUGGAGGUCAGCGACCCGGACGCAACUCGCGUGUGGUAUGAGGUCAUAACGUUCGGGGCUCCAGCUGAUCACCAUCAGGCCUUCAAACAUGGAGGACUGAAGAAGCUUCUCAGUAAACACGCAAACCACAGAGACAGCUGCGUCUCCUACUCGCUGGACGAGAGCUCCAGAGCCAGGGAGCUGCUGGCCAGCGUGGCCCGGCUGCAGCCUCUGGUCUUCGGGCUCGCUGAGGAGCUGCUGUCCGUCUCUCAGGAGCUGAGCGCCGUGCGGCUGCAGCAGGUCCUGGACGGCCUGACCCAACAGACGGAGCGAUUUGUCCACGCGCUGAAAGACGAGCUGGUGAGGAGGGCGCUGUCGGACGCCCACGGCAACGGGGCGCUGCCCCAACGCGCCACGACCAGUCGGGAGGGGCGGACAUCGCCAGGGCGAUGGGACGAAGAGGAAUGGGACAGGGCCUGGGCGAACGUCGCCGUGAGCCUCAACUGCAUCGUCGCCAUGGUGGACCGGCUGAGCGGCCGCGAGGCGACGCCCUCGCAGCAGGAGGCCGCCCCCUCCCCCUUCCCCUCCCCCUUCCCCUGGCAGGAGCAGCUGCUCCCCCUGGUGGUCACUCUGAGGGACUGCGUGCGCGAGGCGGUGGAGAAGGCCCGAGCCGCCAUGACCUUCGUGCUCCUGCAGGAGGCGGCGGCCACCACCGUGGGUCAGGGACCCGCCCACAUCGUCCAGAGGCGCCACGCCGUCUUCAGCCAGGCGCUCCUUGUGUAAAGUUGCCAGAACCUUCUAGCGCCACUCGUGAACAUUGAGGUGGUGAAAUAGAGAAAAGUGUGCAAAGGAGCUCAGCUACCGCUGUGGAAAUGCAUCUGUAACAACUCUUUUAACGCUUACUCCUCAUCUUAUCUCCUCUCAUCUUAUCUCCUCUCCUCUUAUCUCCUCUCACUCCUCAUCUUAUCGCCUCUCAUCUUAUCUCCUCUCAUCUUA